AUGCCCAGGCGACCUAUGUCAUGCGGGGACCCGUCCAAGUCGUCGUUCGUCCAUCCACUUCUCCACAUCGAUAUCGUUGCCGUCUAUCAGCUGGCUCUCCGUUGGCGUAUCUCGAGCGAUAAUACGAACUAUGCCGAUACCGCGGCCGCCAUCCUUGACAAAUUUUUGGCUUUCGGAAUAUAUGGCUAUGAGUUUGCCAAUGCACCUGAUCUGAUGCGCGACUAUUCUGGCUGGUCGGCGGGCAACUUUACACGUUUCCAGAACAAGAUUGCUGACCUGUUCUACCCUACCCUAAGGACUAUGAUUUCUUGGAGAAUCAUAAUGGGGCAGUUUGUUCCUUUUCAUUUGAACAGGAAUAUCUGCAACAUGAUGUCGGGAAUGUCCAUCGGGAUUCUAACCGAUAACCAGACUAUGUUCAACUAUGCUGUAAACGCAUUCACCAUGGCCACCGGAACGGGAAACAUCAAGAAUGCGAUCUGCCAAAUCCUCACAGGCGCUGAAUAUGUGGAGAAGUAUAAUGUCGGUUUCGAUGUUCCAUAUGUUCCCCAUAUCAACGGAAACUAUAACGAAACAGUCAUUUCUGCAUCUGGUAAAGGCAAUGUAAGGCCUUCGUGGGAGCCGCUAUACGCUCAUUGCGGCUCUCUCAAAGGCCUGAAUGCUUCUUGGACUGAACAGAUGCGCGGCUUGGUAUUAGACUCAUCGACGAACGGUGUCGAAGGUGGCGGAGGUGACUAUGGUUACGACCAGCUGGGAUACGGGACAUAG